AUGUCUGAAGCAUCUUCCACCUCCUCUGAAUCAGCUCCUGUUUCCAAUGUCUCAGAACCUCACAAGACAUUGAUCUCUCUCAACAUGAGUAAUAUCACAAAACUCACUCCAACCAACUUCAUUACCUGGCGUCUUCAGAUCCGAUCUCUUCUCGAAGCACAUGAGCUUCACUGUUUCAUUGCCGAUGAAGACAAAACACCGCCGGAAACGAUCACCACUGCCACUGCUGCUGAUCAACCAAAUCCCAACUUUGCUGCCUGGAAACGUCAGGACAAGCUUCUGUUCAGCGCGCUGCUCGGAUCUCUUUCACUCCCUGUUCAAGCCAUUGUUGCUCGUGCCACUACAUCCGGUGACAUCUGGAGGACCCUCACUAACACUUAUGGGAAACCAUCCCGUUCUCAUGUGCGUCAAAUCAAAGACCAAUUCAAGGAGUCUAGCAAGGGCACCAAGACCGUGAGUGAAUACAUGCGCGGUAUCAUCGACAAAUCUGAUCACCUUGCUUUACUCGGUGAUCCCUUACCUCAUGAAGAUCUUCUUGAUUACAUCACCAGUGGUCUUGGUGAGGACUACAGAGCUGUUGUUGAAAUGGUUCAAGGUCGAAACACACCCAUCGCCAUUGAUGAGCUCCAUGAGAAGCUUCUUAACCGAGAAAACACUCUCAAAGCUGCAGGACAAGACAAUUUCUCUCUUCCUGCAACUGCUAAUACGACACAACUGUCUCGUGGUGGCUCGUCAACUCGUGGUGGUUACAACUCGUCACGUGGUGGUUAUCGACCAUCACGACCUUACCUUGGGAAGUGUCAAAUAUGUGGAGUGCAAGGCCAUGGUGCUAAACGUUGUCCGCAAUACUACUCUCCAUCUCCGCAACAGGCGUAUCUUGCCCCGCAGUUCUCUCAGUAUCGUGGACCUCCUCCCUCUCCUUGGUCUCCACGAGCUCCUCAUCUGCCUCUUCCCACACCACAGUGGCGUCCGCAGGCACACCACACCACGGCCGGUUCACAACCUGAUUUGACACCUUGGUUGCUCGAUAGUGCUGCUUCUCACCACAUUGCCAGUGACUUAAGCAAUCUUUCUCUGCAUUCACCCUACACUGGUAACGACACGAUCAUGAUUGGUAAUGGCACAGGGCUCCCCGUUACUCAUACUGGUUCAGUCUCCUUCCCUUCUCAUUCAAAACCACUUCAACUACAGAAUGUCUUAUGCGUCCCUGAAAUGCGACGAAAUCUCAUUUCAGUUAAUAAAUUCUGUAAAACUAAUAAUGUCAUGGUUCAUCUUUGUCCAUUUGAUUUUCAGGUGAAGGAUCUUCACACGGGGAUAACACUUCUCAACGGCAAGGCCAAUGAGGGGGUGUAUGAGUGGCCUCUUUCUGCUUCCAAACCUUUUGCUUCAGCUUUUUCCUCAAUAAAGUCAUCUCCUUCGGAUUGA